UUUUUUUUACGCGACUGCAUGUUCUGGCGGAGUUUACCAGACACAAUAAACGAUCACUCUUUAUGAUCACAAUAGCCAGAGGAGUUCAAGAUCAAAGUAGAAUGUCAAAACCUACCAAUCUGUCGCGCGAUGCUCGAAAAGGACAUGAAAUAAAACCGAUCCAAUGCCUCAAUGUCGACGCGUUAAACGAUACAUGGCAGUGUCCCUUUUGCGUACCACCUCCUUUCGUUCUCCAGCUCCCUUCCAAAGACGACCUUAUUUUGAUGGGUCGGUUUCGAAGGCAGAUAUCCGAACAUUUACAAAUACACAAGCAAGAUGUCAUCAAGGCCAUUGGUGAAAAGGUCAAGAGCAAAGCAUCCAAAACGGAUAGGGAAAAACGAACCAUGCAGUGGAUCGAUGCCACUGUGAACGAUAUCAAGUGAAAUUAGCGCUGGCGUUUUUCCCUCAUGCGAACAAUUUCCAAGACAUCAUCAUCAUCCCGGCACAAGCAUUUCUCGUUAUAUUAUUAUCAUUGAAGAUAAUCAUACCCAAUAAAUUCUAUAUAUACACGUUACGAUCUAUGUCACGAGCGAUAGACAUAUAGUAGUAGUAUAGUCUUUUACAUAUAGAAGAAGACCUAGAACCUUGUACUAGGUCCAUAGAGAGCAAAAAUAGAAAGAUUGACGUGUUAUCGCGUGCUGGGUUGCAUGAGAACCACAUUAU